AAGUAAUUAGUAAAAUCAUUUAACAAAAUUUUAAUAACUUAAAUUAAAAAAUAACAAAAAAUGAAGAUACAAUUAAUAAACAAAAUAUUUAUAAUUAAUAACGUUUUAUUAAUUAUAACAAUUGUGUUUACAUCAGCAGAUCCAGAUCCAUUAACAUUGAUAAACAGUAAUGGUUUAGUCACUACGUAUAGUUCUUCAGUACCGUACUCAGCAGCAUUCAUACAGCCACGGCCUCUGAUCACUUAUGGACAACAACCGAUACAACCGAUACAACAACUGCCACAACAACAACAACAACAACAGCAACAGCAACAGCUUCAACAAUCACAGCAACAACAACAAGUUGUUACCUUACCUCAACAAGCUGUACAACAAAUUCUUGGAGGCUUAAACAAUAACAAUAUUAUUAGUGGUUUUAAUAAGAAUUCCUGUCUGAAAGGUUAUCUUGUAUUGUUAACAUCAGAUAAUACAAGUUGUAAUUGUAAUGGUAAUUGUAAUGGUAAUUGCAAUUGUAAUAGCAAUUGUAAUGAUAAUUGUAAUUGUGGUUGCAAUAGUCAAAACACACCACCAGUAUCAACAGUAUCGAACUAUCCAAUAUCAUCGAAUAGUGGCACACAACAGCAACAACAACAACAACAACAACAACAACAACAACAGCAACAAAUAACAACUGGGACAAGUACAUUCCCGGCAACAAGUGGACAGCAACAGCAACAACAACAACAGCAACAGCAAAUUACAACUGGUAUAACUCCAACUCAAACAUAUAAUCCAACUGGAACAAGUAUAACAUAUACCUCAACUAGUACAGUCGGUACAACGAGCUACGACCAAAAUAAUCAAAAUAAUUAUGGAAAUAGAGGUUACGCUAUAGCUAAUUCAGGAAGAAGUGGUUAUACCACAUUUCCCGGUUCUGGUACAGGAACAAUAACGAAUUCACCGCCUUCAGUGACUUCCACUGACAUUGGUUCCACAUACCAGCUACAACAACAGCAGCAACAGCAACAAAUAACCUCUGGUCAAACUGCUACUCUACCAUCAGGGCAAUAUGUUCCAAGUAAUAAUUAUGGGCAGAAUUAUCCAAGCAAGAAUUUCGAGUAUGAUAAUAACAAAUUCCUUGAUAUACCAAUUGGACUUGGUUUAAAUAUUCUCAGCGUUGGUGAUGCAAAUGCUGCAGCUAGUUCUAGUGGAAAUCCAAUUGGAACAACUUCCUACGGAGGAAGUGGAGUACCAGCCUUUACAAGUCCUACACAAACUCAGCAGCAACAACAGCAACAACAACAGCAAAUAACCUCUGGUCAAACUGCUACUCUACCAUCAGGGCAAUAUGUUCCAAGUAAUAAUUAUGGGCAGAAUUAUCCAAGCAAGAAUUUCGAAUAUGAUAAUAACAAAUUCCUUGACAUACCAAUUGGAUUUGGUUUAAAUUUGCUCAGCGUUGGUGAUGCAAAUGCUGCAGCUAGUUCUAGUGGAAAUCCAAUUGGAACAACUUCCUACGGAGGAAAUGGAGUACCAGCCUUUACAAGUCAGCAACAACAACAGCAACAACAACAGCAAAUAACCUCUGGUCAAACUGCUACUCUACCAUCAGGGCAAUAUAAUCCAAGUUAUAAUUAUGGAAAGAAUAAGCCAAGCAGUAAUUGGGAAUUUGAUAAUAACAAACUCAUUGAUAUACCAAUUGGAUUGGGUUUAAAUUUGCUCAGCGUUGGUGAUGCAAAUGCUGCAGCUAGUUCUAGUGGAAAUCCAAUUGGUACAACUUCUUACGGAGGAAGUGGAGUACCAGCCUUUGCAAGUCCUACACAAACUCAGCAACAACAACAGCAACAACAACAGCAAAUAACCUCUGGUCAAACUGCUUCUCUACCAUCAGGGCAAUAUAAUCCAAGUUAUAAUUAUGGAAAGAAUGAUGAAUUUGAUGGUAACAAAUUCCUUGAUAUACCAAUUGGACUUGGUUUAAAUAUUCUCAGCGUUGGUGAUGCAAAUGCUGCAGCUAGUUCUAGUGGAAAUCCAAUUGGAACAACUUCGUAUGGAGCAAAUGGAGUACCAGCCGUUAGGAGCUCUACACAAGCUCAGCAACAACAACAACAAAUAACAACGCCUAAUGGCGAUAAACAAAUACAACAACAGCAAAUAACCUCUUCUCAAACUGCUGCUCUACCAUCAGGGCAAUAUAAUCCAAGUUAUAAUUAUGGAAAGAAUAAACCAAGCAGUAAUUGGGAAUUUGACAAUAACAAACUCAUUGAUAUACCAAUUGAUUUGGGUUUAAAUUUGCUCAGCGUUGGUGAUACAAAUACUGCAGCUAGUUCUAGUGGAAAUCCAAUUGGAACAACUUCGUAUGGAGCAAAUGGAGUACCAGCCGUUACGAGCUCUACACAAGCUCAGCAACAACAACAAAUAACAACGCCUAAUGGCGAUAAACAAAUACAACAACAGCAAAUAACCUCUUCUCAAACUGCUGCUCUACCAUCAGGGCAAUAUAAUCCAAGUAAUAAUUAUGGAAAGAAUGAUGAAUUCGAUGGUAACAAAUUCCUUGAUAUACCAAUUGGACUGGGUUUAAAUUUGCUCAGCGUUGGUGAUACAAAUGCUGUAGCUAAUUCUAGUUGAAAUCCAAUUGGAACAACUUCGUAAGGAGGAAAUGGAGUACCAGUCUUUACAACUACUACACAAACUCAGCACAACAACAAAUAACAACGCCCAUAAGAGAAGAAAAAAUACAACAACAGCUAAUAAUCUCUUCUCAAACUGAUAUUGUUCCAUCAUGGCCAAAUUAUCCCAGCAGUAAUUUUGAAAGUGAUAAUAACAGAUUUCUUAAUAUACCUACCAGUACUUACUUUAAAUUUACUCAGCGUUGGUAAUGCGAAUGCUAUAUCUUAUUCUUGAGUGAAUUAUAAUGGAAGCUAUGGAAAUAUUCUAAUAGUUUUACCUUGACAUUUAGAAUUAAAUAUUUUAAGUAAAGACUAUUUCUAAAAAUAGUCUUUAAAAAAAAUAAAACUACAUUACAAGCACAUUUGUCAUACUUAUCUCGCUUUGGUAAGGGAAAUUCGGUUGAGAGAACUUAACGAAGACGAUGUCAAAUAUCUUUAUGGAGUAAAAAAUUGGACAUUUUCUACAACUUUUCAACGGGUUUCAUCUAAUAAAAUAAUUAUAAUAUUAAUCAUGAAAAAAAUACAAAACAAAUAAA